UCUGGGCCAAUUUAAAAUUGCAAUCCCAAGGCACUGUAGUGAAAUGUAGGCAUGGUGCACGUACUGCGGUACGAGUUGGUACACUGAAAACACACGCAUAAUUAAAGACAAUGGUGUAAAUUUCUUAAACCCCCCGCACCUGUAUCCAGCCAGUAUAAUUUGUACACGACAGCUGGUUAUUACUCGACAAGUCAUGUGUGAUGGGGUAAAGUGUGGGUAACUGCUAUGUCUUCCAAGACAUGGCCAACAGGGAAACGUCGUGACAUGGUGCUGGAUUAUCAGAAGAGACAAGUGGGAUAACACUGAAGUUAUUGACUGAAUAGUUUUUUUCUCAAUACAAUUUCAGCUCCACAUAUGAACCCAGGCACCUACGAUUCUUCCAUUUAUUUAUGAUGUUUGCAUUGCGUGACUGUCAGAGAGUGUGCUGGGUAGUAGUGACAGCUAGUACACAACAGCGACUCAAGUUCUGCACUAUGAACCUGCCAACCUGUGUGAUAUUGGGAUAUAUAUGUAGCAUUGGCUGUGGCAGCUGGGCGAUAUCUGGAAAACUUGUAGGAUAACUCAGCCGAAAAUCAGUAUAUGCUAUGAUGUGUCAACAGAACUGGGGAGGCAAAGGAGGCCAGGUAGUUGAUGUUAUUGGCCACAACACACUGACCAUGUGCCAUUCCAACGUUAAGAGGUGCUCACGGACAGCAAUCCCUUGCCCUGAUACAAUAUUUCCCAAGAGACCCGUUUCUCCUUUGUUAAGUACACGAGUAUGUAAGCUUAUGAAUGAGCACAAAUAAACGGUGUAACGUUUAAGCACAGUGUACGUCCCAUAUUAACGGAAACACCCUGGUUAUUGUGGGUAAAGCUUUAUUACGUGUACUUUUAGCAUGUUUUUUUUUAAUUAGGAGACACGUCGACGUUUAUACUUACCUUCGGGCCAUACGUUAACUUUACGCGGAGGGGAAAAAUGAUAAAUAAAGAUAAAGUGAAGUUAUGCAGCGCUGGCUUUUUGAUUGAAAUAUUAAAAAUGUUCUCGAGGGGUUUCAUUUAGCAUUUGCCAGUGGUUUGGCAUUCAUUUGCAGUCCCCCAGCCUGUCUCAUUGCAAGACAGAUGUUCUACGCUUUGCCAAUACAAAUUGUGGUUUCAGAUUUAAUAAAGGGUGAUGAUAUAUCAUUUUAGCACUAUUUAUUUACACCGUUCGAGCAUGCGCUAUACAUUAAUCUGAGCAUAUAGUCCAUAAUUACUUAUCGCAGAAUUUACAUGUCUGACCUCUAUCCCAGAAAACCUGCGAGAGUCUUGUGUUUCUGUGGGACCGAGCGAUCGUAAAACUGCGUAGGAAUAUGUUGAGUUCGUCUGCCAAAUAAGACGUGUUUGUGCAUGUAUUUCAUUUAUUAUUUCAACAAAUAUUUUUUUGGGGCGAAACGCAAUAUUAAUUGCAGCUUGACCCAUAUACAAUUCAGCCUGCGAAGCAAGCGUUCACACUCCCCAGCGGUGCCAAGCGACCUUGGGCAACGUGAGGUCGAGCGGGGGACAGAGGAGGGAGGUUGGGGGGGGCAUUGUUGAUGCUCUUAAACAGUUGUCUUCAAAGCCGUGCAUGUCAGAUGCUCACCACCAGGCGAGUAAAGGUAGAAGCGAAGCCUUUUUAAACAUUGCGUUGUGGGGUAGGAGAGAGGGUUGGAGCGGGGUGGAGGGGUCCUGGGCAAGGGGAGUUUGGAGCGAGGAUGUAUAGCGCUGGGGGAAAUGGGAGAGAGAACUGGGAGGCUGGUGAGCUUAGCCUAAACCGUCCCACAUGUGCAGGCUGCCUCAACAGAUGCCUGGGUAUUUUCUGUCCUGGGGGCCCACUGGGUGCAGAAAUUGCUCUCAGGCUUCAAGACCAUUGCUGCUGCCACAGCCUGAUGCUGUCUGCCGUCCCUCUGACACCUCCUACUUCCCAUCCCUCUCCUCCCACUCACCCAACCAUCCAUCAACGCAAUCCUCCAACCACCAACACCCCAACCCACCCAUCCACUCAUCCACCCACCAACCCAAUCCUCCACCCACCAACACGACCCAACCCACCUAUCCACUCAUCCACCCCCCCCACCCAUUAGCUCCGUAUCUCAUCUCCCACACCCCAUUCCCUUUCCUGAAUCCUGCGUUGUGUACGUGCACGCGUGCAUUCAGGCACCUUGUGUGUGUGUGUGAGCGCGUGUACAUGCGAGUACACUGGCAUGCGGACCGGCCACUUUUUAUUGUUUCGUGUACGCGCUUCGUCAGCGUGCUCAUGCGUGCCAAGUGUGUCGCCCGCGCGCACACGCGCGCGUUCACGAAAUUUCCACCGGCUUGACAGCAUCGAAAUGUCACUCAAUUUAGUCCACACCAACAGCGGCAGAGCCCCCCGCAAAUGUCCCACUUGCUUUGGGGUUGCACGCCCCAACUAGCCAUCGUGGCGUAAUCCAGUGUUCAUGUGCAGUGCGGUUACAUACGCACACUGUACGAUUUUCUCAGAAUUGGAUUUUCCCCAGCGGCAGCUGCCUCUCCAUGGCUGAUUGUGUUAGGCUGGCCGGCCGCAGUGCCCUGGGUCUUCAUUUUACCGGUGGCAGCCUCGUCGUGUUGGGGGUUACGGGCUAGAGUUGCAGAAGGUCUCAAUCCCCUGCCCCCCCCCUUUCGAAAUCGUUAUAGUCCACGGCGUCCCCGGCCCUUUCAACGUUACAUCGGGGGUGGUGGGUAAGAGCUACAGCAGCAGAAUGCAUGAUGGGCAAAAGCAGAGCGUUAUCGUUCGUCGCACUGAUGAGCGUUUGUUGAAAGUUUGUUUUAGCAUUCAAUGGUCAAGCCCCCCUUCGGAUUUUAAUAAGGUCAAGCAAUAAGGUUUACUGGGGCCCUAAGCUUUCUAAAAGACUUAUAGAAGGUGGACCGAGAUCAACAUAAUGAAAUCAAAAGGCGGAUGACAGCACGUUGUAGGGAUGAUGUAAACCUGAACUUUUUGAAGAAUAGCAACAUAAUGUCCCGAUAGACGAAUGUUUUUUUUUGUCAAUUUAUUACACCUGUAACGAGAAAUAGAUUGGAGAAAUAUGGACGUUGACACAAGAAAUGUAACAAAAAAGCUGAAAAGUGUACAGAGAAGCACAUGGACAGGUGAAUGCUUGGAAUUACACAGAGCGUGGAAGAGGAAGACGUGGAUUAGAGAACAUUAGCAAGGGUGUAAGGUUGUCCUGUUGUCGGUUAAGAAGGGUGAGUGAAUGAGCUUAAGCAGAGCACAACAUUUUGAAGGGAUGAUGGCCGAUUGUUAAGACCAAUGAUGGAGUGCUCAGAGGAUGGAACACGCCCAAGAUAAUAAUCCACCGGGGAAAUCAGCUCGUGUACGGGAGGAGCUACAGUCCAGUGGUUCUUAACCUGGGGUGCACGUACCCCCUGGGGGUGCGAGAUGCCCUUUCUGGGAGUGCGAGACAUGGCCACCUUUUUUUUUACACGGUAAAUGAUCGAAACACAAAUUAAGCACGGGCACGUUCGUACAACAAUUUUCUUACGUCAAACCCUAUGUAUUUAAUAACAUUAUCCAUUCUUUUUUUACGAUUGAGAACCAAAGGGGUGCAAGGCUGCGGUAAAGGUUGAGAAACACUGAGCUAGGCGGAUUCUUGCAUUGCGAGGCCCCAGUGAGAGAUGGAGACUUCUUGGAUCGAUCAUGGCUGAUGACGAUGAUGAUGAUGAUUUUUCGUGGCCACUGCACUCACAGCAUCAUUUCAUAAACAUGAAAAGCAGGUUUGCAAAAUGUAUCGUAAUCAUAAUUAUAUCAUAAUUAUAUUUCUUUCCCACCAACCGGGGAUAUCUUACACACAAACUUCCAAAUUCCACUUACAAUGCCUGGCUGCAUGUAUAAUGCAUGCUUUGAGCAUUCCAUGUGAGCCAACUGCAUAAUGAAUGAGUGAACUAUGCAGAGAAAAACGGGAUAACAUUUGUUUAGCUCAAUUCUGCACUCGUGUUAUUUAUUUCACUCCUGUAACAAACCAGGUAUUUUUUUUCUCUCAAAUUUUUCAAAAGAAUGUAAGCCUUUGAGGGAAUCUUACAGGCUCAGACAUUCCAAUAUGAAUUGACUGCAAUAGUAAAUGAGUGCUCGCUGUGGUUUUCUCUUUGGAAAAUUGUUAUGAAUACAGUAGGUUAUAGUUUAAAGGGAUAAUAGGGUAGCCUUUUCGGGAAUACUAUAUGUCAGUCAUUUCCACAAAGUUGCUAUGCAAAGACUUGCACCACAGCAUUUGCACCAGGGCAGAGAGCCCAGAGUAAAGUUAGAGUGUAACAGCACGUUGAUCCUAACAUGCACUGCGUGUUUUCCAGUGAAGCAUCCAAACAAAACCGGGUGCCUUGCGCCCACCCACUCUGAAACCGGCCCUUUUUUUUCAACUCUUGCUAUUUUUUUUUUGCCACUCCUCUCUCCCUUAUUCACUUCAUUUCGUUCCACCUCCACAAAAAGCGCACAGUUCCUUCGCAGUGCCUCGUUCAACGAACCGUGUUUGAAAAGUGACUUAAAAGUUAUUACACAGAUAUUUGAAACAAAUAUAUAUUUAAAGACGUGAGAGAAAAUAGAUCUCUUUUGGGAGCUGCUUGGCCAGGCUAUGCUUCCCUUCGGCACCCUGCGGAGCGAAUGGAGCUAAAUUUAAGACUCGCCGAAAAUAGCGUGGCUCGCCGAGAGAGAUUCUACCGUAGCGAGGAGAGGAAUGGGAGGCCGGCAAGCCGUUGCUCGGACGUAUGUACGUUGAACUUCUUUCACACCGUACGUAGCCAACCGUGCUAAUCUGAGGUGCGGGGGUAGGACAACAAACUAUGGGUCUCUGUGUGAAUCUAUGGGUCUCACUCUCUCUGUGGGAGCCUAUGGGUCUCUCUGUGAGUCUAUGGGUCUCUGUGUGAGUCUAUGUAUGUACGUUGAACUUCUUUCGCACCGUAUGUAGCCGACCAUGCUAAUUCGAGGUGCGGGGGUCGGACAAACUAAACACAAAAAAAGCAGUUCUAAAGAAAUGAGUUUUCAAUCUAGAUGAUGAUUUAUAAGUGCAUAGCUCCAGCGGCUUCCUAAUAUCGGAAGGAGGAGCGUUCCAGACGACCGCAGAAUCGCAUCUGAAAGCGCCGCGUGAUGCGGUGACCACCCUCGUUGUUUGAUGGCUUAGCCAAUGCGCUGCUUCUCCAGUCAACCUCGGACUGAGCCGCGCAGGGCUGGCCAACAAGGGCCAAGGAGGGCAGCAGGGGGCAACCGGUGGGGCUGCGGCGGCGAGCCUGAGAUCAAAGGUGGUGAGUGGGAGGGGAUGAAGGUGGCUGCCGAGUGCAGGGAAGUCCUCUCCGAUGGCUCCGGACCAGCAGGAUGCAGCGUGAGGAUCCUCAUCCUGCUGGUGGUGGUGUGUGCCGGUGCCACGAUUGUCCCAAGCUCCGCUCAAGAAACCCAAGAUGUUGACGUCCUGCAGCGGCUGGGCCUCCCGAACGCGCGGAGCUCCUCGCCCGGCUCCCACCACGCCGAGCUGUCGGCUUCGGCCGUGUCCCGCGGCGUCAUCCCGUCGCGCUCGGGCCUCAUCUUCACUCGCGGCGCCCACGUGGAGGCGCCGGCGGACUCCGUGCUGCCCCGCACUGUCGGGGCCAGCCUGGCGCUGGUGGCCAGCGUGCGGUCGCACCGCGUCAACAACGCCUUCCUCUUCGCCGUCAAGAGCCGGCGCAAGAAGCUGCAGCUGGGCCUGCAGUUCAUCCCGGGCAAGGUGAUCAUCUACUUGGGCAAUAAAAAGGCCGUGGACUUCGAGUACGACGUGCACGACGGCCGCUGGCACAACUUCGCCGUGGACAUCGGCGACAGGGAGAUAUCCUUCUUCACAGCCUGCGGGCGAGAGCGCUCCGUCAAGAGGCUGAUCUUCCGCAAGCCGGAGAAGUUCGAGGCGGAUGCCGUGUUCUUCCUGGCGAAGAUGAACCGCAAGGCGGUUCCAUUCGAGGGCAGCAUCUGCCAGCUGGACAUACUCCCGGUGGCGGAGGCGGCCGCCAAUUACUGCAGCUACAUCAGGAAGCAGUGCUGGCACGGCGACGUUUACCGGCAGCGUGCGCCGCAGCCGCCCUUCCCUGACCGAAGCUCUGCGCCCCGGCCGCUGGCAGCUCCUCCCGUCGUCGAUCGCGACUCUUCCUCGUCAGCCGGGGCGAGGUCGUCUCAGGAAGAUCUGGACGAAAACCACACUGAGCAGGUCUCGCCCGUCACCCCUUUGACUCCGCACGUUUUCGCAACGCAGCGCAGCGCCGCCGAGCGGGGCGGCUCCCUCUGGACGGCCCACGUGGACGAGUUGCCGCUCGACUCCAUGGGCACCGCGACCACGGAGAGAAUUCAGACGACGCUGCAUCCUCCGGACGGCGACGCCGCCCUCGGCGUCGCCUUCGGCGAACCCCGGCACACGACCGCCAGCCAGGGGCACGGAACGAGCCGAGGCCCUUCGGAUAACACCACCGAGGAGAACGACAAGCGGAGGAGGAAGGUCGCCGCCAAGAACAAGGAGACCCUCGCCACUAUCAGGCAAAGCAGGAAGAAGACGGAGGGCCUCGCUUCUCGCCGUAAGCCCGACAGGCGGCCCAGGCCCGACCUCCUCGACCAACAGCUGGAGAGUCGACACAGGGGGCUUGGACGGAAUGGGGACGAUGGGUCCGAGGGGUAUGAGGAGGCCGGCAGGGACAACCUGACGCUGCUGUACGAGUGGGAGGACCUCAUCUCUGGCGGCACGGUGGACGUCGAGGGCUACGUCGAUGUGCAUGAUCCGGAGGGCGUCGUGGAGCUUGAGGUUCUGCCGGAGCUGCGAGGCCCCAGGGGAGACCCCGGCCCUUUGGGUCCUCCAGGUCCCCCUGGAUCUCCUGGCCCCCCUGGGAGAAGAGGCCCACGGGGAAUGCCAGGUCCGCAUGGAAACCCCGGACUCCCUGGAUUUCCUGGUUCCAGGGGGGAAAAGGGCGACCCUGGUAUUUCCCCCCCCAUGCAGCUACCUGGGGAGAAGGGUGACUCUGGCUCAAUCGGUCCACCUGGGUUGCAUGGGCCACUCGGUUCAAAGGGUUCCAAAGGUUACCAGGGACAGACGGGACACCCAGGGGAGCCGGGCUCACCGGGGUUGGAGGGCAACCCAGGGGUCAAAGGUUACCCUGGCAGGCAGGGAUUACCUGGUCCCAUUGGGAAACCUGGUCCAAAAGGAAUUCGGGGUUUCAUCGGCCCGGCGGGGAUAGUGGGAGCGCAAGGAGCUGAAGGACCUCGGGGUGUACCUGGCGCACCAGGAAAGAGAGGGACAAUGGGACGACCGGGCUUUCCUGGGGAUUAUGGGGAAAGAGGCCCGCCUGGUCCAGAUGGAAAACCUGGUGAAGUUGGAAUAGAAGGCCCAAAGGGAGUCCUUGGAUUGACCGGCGAUCCAGGACCUCAAGGGAACAUUGGACCACCUGGUUUUGUGGGCCCCAAGGGGUUCAUGGGAAGCCUCGGAGAGCCGGGAGUGAAAGGUGAUAAGGGUGAUGAGGGAGCAGCCGGAAUUGCAGGCGAGAUAGGCUUCCCCGGAGACAAGGGCAACCUAGGCUUUCCUGGUCUCCCUGGGCCUAUUGGAAAUCCUGGAAUAGCAGGAAAAACCGGGGAAUCGGGACCGCCUGGCCCCCCCGGGUCUUCUGGACCAGAGGGCUUUCCUGGUGCCAUUGGAUCACCAGGUAUUAAUGGACUUGAUGGGCCAAAGGGCAAGCCAGGAUCCCGGGGCCCACCAGGACCAACGGGCCAGAAGGGACUUGACGGAGAAGAGGGACCUUUGGGGCCACCAGGAAUUCCAGGUCCACCAGGAAAUCCCGGAAGCCAAGGCUUUCCUGGGAAGCCCGGACCAGAUGGACUCAAGGGUGAGACUGGUGACCCCGGAAUGCCCGGCAAAAUUGGAGAUACUGGACUCAUCGGAUUGACUGGCCCGAUUGGAGAAAUGGGAAAAGCUGGAGAUAAAGGGGAACGAGGGGGAGUGGGUCUCCCUGGGCCCCCUGGAGAGAAAGGAGCCAUGGGCUAUCCCGGACCUCCAGGAGAGCAGGGACCAGUGGGGCCCGAAGGUCCACCGGGAAGGCCCGGGUUACCAGGCCGGAGAGGACCCCUUGGACCCAAAGGGAAAAGGGGACCGAGGGGAGAAGAUGGCCUUCCUGGAGAGCCGGGGGCAGAGGGUAACAAGGGUCCUGUUGGAGAUGCUGGUGAAGUUGGUAUUGAAGGAUUUAUCGGAAAAUCUGGCGAUCCUGGGGACAGAGGGCCCCUUGGAUUUCCAGGCUUGCAGGGAACACCUGGUGGAGUGGGAAUCAAGGGACCGAUUGGACCACCCGGACCCCGCGGAGCGAAGGGCGAGAUGGGCACCGUGGGAGACAUUGGAACACAGGGUUUGCCUGGGCCAACGGGGGAGAGCGGACUGCAAGGAGAGAAAGGUGAAAAGGGCGACAUUGGGCCAUUAGGAGGUGAAGGGGAGCCCGGUCUGGAGGGGCCCAGGGGAUUGCCAGGCCCAGUCGGUGAUGAUGGACCACAAGGAAAAGAUGGAAUCAAAGGAGAGAAGGGAGACCUGGGACUGAAUGGGGAGGAUGGAGAACGGGGCGACAUUGGGGACAAGGGGAAAGAAGGAGCUAUUGGAGACCCGGGGAUUGUGGGUAUGAGGGGAAUGGAAGGGAAGCUGGGAAAACUCGGCGAAAGAGGAAAACCGGGGAAGAAAGGCGACAAGGGAGCAAUGGGUCACAUCGGAGAACCAGGAAAAGCGGGCCAGUCUGGCAGCAAAGGAAACCAGGGCCCUGUCGGGGCACGAGGAUCAAGAGGUCCUGUGGGCGCCCCUGGUGCAAUGGGAGCCGAGGGAGAGGACGGGCUCCCUGGCUACCCGGGUCACCAAGGACCUAUUGGCCCUUCUGGGCCACCGGGCAUAAAGGGCGAGAAGGGACAGGCAGGCGAGCCCGGAACACAGUUUGGCCCCCCCGGACCAAAAGGCCUCAUGGGCCCAGUCGGGCCUCCCGGAGAGAAGGGAGAACCUGGCGAUGUCGGAUACCCAGGCCAGCGCGGCUUUGACGGAUCACGGGGAGCCAGGGGAGAGCAGGGUCCCAUCGGCGAGCCGGGAGAGCGGGGAUAUCCAGGGCCAAAAGGACCUAAAGGGUACGAGGGCACGAAGGGCAAAGCUGGUACACCAGGAACUCAAGGAAAAGCCGGACUUACGGGUCCGGUAGGGCCCCAUGGGCCACGAGGAUUGCCGGGCUGGCCUGGGCCGGACGGUGAGAGAGGGCUGGAGGGCGCGCCAGGCAAGGACGGGAAACCGGGACCGCCCGGAGAUGCAGGCAGUGUGGGUCAACCUGGAAGAACAGGCCUGGCAGGUGCUCAAGGAAAACUCGGAAAACCUGGGCAACCGGGAGCAGCGGGACUCGUGGGGGCCAAGGGUGAUCGCGGUAUGGAUGGGCAGCCCGGGAUACCUGGGCAGCGAGGAAUUUUGGGCAGCGACGGCCCUCAGGGCAACAAAGGGGAGACAGGCGAGAAGGGGCAGCUGGGGGACCACGGUGAAGCAGGAAUUCCUGGCUUUGAAGGUUUUCCUGGGCCCAAGGGCCCCAUUGGAGACAAUGGAUUUUCUGGCUCCGCUGGACCCACAGGCCCUGCUGGCCUAACAGGAAGCCGAGGCAUCGUGGGACCAGAGGGUGCCGUCGGGCCGGCCGGCCGUCCGGGCCUCAAGGGGAUAAAGGGACAAGCAGGAGAGACGGGUCUUCAAGGGCCAAGGGGACCAAAGGGACCGACAGGCCAGGCUGGGCCUCCUGGUCCUCCGGCUCUACCGAGCUCUUUGAGACAACACGACUUUGGCGCAGCUCUCCAAGCCUUCAUCGAGUCCAAUACAGCACUUAACAUAGAGACCUAUCAGGACUCCACCCUCCCGGCGAUGGAGCAGGGGGUGGAGAUACUCAAGACUCUGCACUACCUCAGCACGCUCAUCCAGGGCAUCAAGAACCCCAUGGGCUCGCGCGAGAACCCCGCCCGCAUCUGCCGCGACCUCCUGAACUGCGAGCAGAAGGUGGCUGACGGUAAUUACUGGAUUGACCCAAAUCUCGGCUGCUCCUCGGACAGCAUUGACGUUUUCUGCAACUUUACUGUUGGUGGCCAGACAUGCCUAAAGCCACUGGCCAUGAGCAAGCUGGACUUUGGAGUGGGCAAGAUACAGAUGAACUUCCUGCACCUGCUGAGCUCGGAGGCCGUGCAGCCGGUGACCGUGCACUGCCGCGGCGGGCCAGCCUGGGAGGACCCCUCCUCACCGCACCCUCACCGCCACGCCGCACGCUUCCGCGCAUGGAGCGGCCGCCUCUAUGAGCCGGGAGGCCUCCUGGAGCCGCGCGUGCUCCACGACGGCUGCCGGAUGGACGAUGGGAAGUGGCACAAGACCGAGUUUCUGUUUACCACUCAGGAUGUCAACCACUUGCCAAUUGUAGACGUCCAUUUUACUCACCAGAAGCCCGACUCCCAGUACCAUCUUGAAGUGGGACCCGUCUGCUUCCUUUGAAGAUACUUAUGCAAAUUCUUAUUAUAUUUUUUAUUAGCAAGUAUGAAAUGAAGGAUUACAUGGUUUUACAAAAGGACUAGCAUUUUGAAAGAUUAAAUCCAACUUUCUAUUCUAUUUUUAUAUAAGAAUAUGUGGAAUUCACACCCACCAUGGUAGCAACGCAAUUUGCCAAAAAUUACGCAGAAACGUUUCUCUCUACCGACUGUGGCGCGUUCAUAUAUUGGCGUUGACCGCAGCCGUGAGAGAGGACUGCUGAAAUAUGCAAGAAACGAGGCUUGGGGUUGGUCGCGAAAAAGGAUUAUUAUUUUUUUUUACGGGCUGAUCCGCGCUCGUUCGACUCGUCCUCGCUGCAAUCGUGAAGGCGUUUGUAAAUAAUUAUUUAAUAGUACGCUCGGCCACAGCGGCACUUGUGGAUGCAAGCUGUUGGAUCGAGAGUCUGAUCGUUUCCAGAUGUGCAAUAACUGACGAUACUAAAUAACGUGAUUUGGUGCUGUGCUCCAACACAUAUUGCAAACAUAUCUGGGAAUGCUAAAGUGUUAAUACCUUCGGUGCUCACAAAACACAGCAGUUUGAUGUCUGUUGCUACAUUUAAUUACGCUUUUGUGCACAGUGACAUUUUUUUUAUUAUGUAUUUUACAAAAAAACCAUUGUGAUAAUUCAAAUUGGUGCUGGUGUGUUUUUUGUGUUUAAGUUUACUACCUCAUAUAAAUGACAAAACUUAUUCGUUUUUAACUUCAAAUAAUUUAAAAAAAUAAAACAAAGGAACAAAAAAAUACACAAAAAUUCACCCCAUCCUCCAAAACCCUUACGGCCAAAUCACACAGUUUCUCACCAUAGCGACUCGGCUUCGUUGCUGGUAAGUUGCUGCUGAUUGGUUUGUUGCACCCUGGAGUGGUGGGACAGGCAUCGUAGUUGUCACUUUAGGGUGGGUUGUUUAAAAAAAAAAAGCCGCAAUAUGCUCACUUUCAAGCCAUGCACACGGGACGCUUUGUUUGUACCUGGCAAGUUUCCUGCCCACAGAAAGAUGUCGAGAUAUUUCACAAUUCCAAGCACCGGGGGCCUACACCUUACACAUUGCUGAUUUUCCACUGUAUCUUGUGUACGCUUUUAAUUGGCUCAAUUUGAAAUGUCUCGUCCACAACUAGUCAGAUGAUUAGGUAAGUCUUCAUGUCGAUAAGCUUCGUAAAAAGACAACUCUUAAGCACCGUAUACAUGAAUGGAAAACUUUUAAAUCACAGCACCUCUGUGCAAUGUGAUGUCGCUAUGUUGAGAACUGCUCUGGUAACAUUUGAGAAAUGCAGAACAGUACUAUAUUUCAAACUUUACUCUUUUUUUUUCUUAUGACCUGUAAAAUUCAUACUUUUAAAAAUCAAUUGACUCCAUGCAGGUGAGCGUCUCAAUGCAGGAGCGGAGCUUCCGUUGUGAGUGGUUAAGACGUCGAAGAUGACAUCAGACAUUUCUGUAGACCCCACUCAGUGCAAUCGUGAUGAGUUAUUGCCACAAAAGCCUGCGACAAAAACAUCCUUAUUCUACUUCUAAACGUAUCUCAUUAGCCCAAACUAUCCUUUGCUUGAGGUUGUCAAGAACUGCAGUUAAUCAACAAUGCAUAGUGCAUAGACUACCGUUUGCGAAUCGUCACGGCAGGUGUACUUUUAAAUCUAGAUUGAAAACUCAUUUCUUUAAAACUGCUUUUUGUGUUUAGUUUGGUGUCCUUCCCCCACACCUCUAAUUGGCACAGUUGGCUACGUAAGUUCAAUAUGCAUACAGGUGUAUUACGCAGCAUAUGCACGUCCAUAUAAUUGAUUUAAAUUCCCUACGUGUGUUUAAAUUCACUCGAAGGCCUACUUUAAAAAAAUACAUAUUGUCAGCCACAUAUUGGACUUGUGAUCACAAUGUUUGACAGUUUUAAUUGUACCAUUUGUAAAACUUAAAUCGUGAAAUAUAAUUAUAUGAACUUCAGCAGAGCUGUAGUGUUAAGGAUAAUGUCAAUUCCAUGCUACGUCUUGUUUAUAAAAAGCAUUUGAAGUAGGCAAGUGUUCAAUAUUGUGUAGAAAAACUAACUUUAUCACAUAUAUUGUACAUACAUUUUUAUUGACAGAUUACGUUGUACAAAAUAGAAUUUUUUCCAGGAAAUUAUUUAAUAUUAUUUAAAGUCGCCAUUUCAUGUCAAGCAAACUGGCUCGAGAUGUCAAAACCUGUAAAUUUUGCCUGUUUUUACAAAAAAUAAUUUUUAUAUCCAACACCAACAUUUGUACGUUGUGUGUAAAUGUUUUGACUUGAAAAAAAAGUUUAUUAAAAAAAAAGUCUUAGUUAUGAUGCUAUUAAAGUGGAAUGUGUGUGGAUGCGCAAGUGCAAGGUACAACAGGUUAUUUUUUUUAUAUAUAUAUAAAGUUUGUUAUUUUAAGUCA